AUGGCUACUAACGUUAUAGAUUUUGAAGUUGUUCCUGGAGAUGCAAGAUUGGUGGAAGGUGAAGAACGUGAAGUGGUUCUCCUACCAAAGCCUUCAAAGGAUCCAGAAGAUCCUCUCAAUUGGUCACGUCCUCGUAAAUGGCUUGCUACGGCAUGCGUUAUCGUAGUUACUAUUGGGAUCGGUAUCCCUUCAGCUGCUAUCUAUUCGGUACUUCCAAACAUCGCAGAAGAAAGGAAUCUUUCGUUGGCCGAUUUAAACCAAGGUACUGGUUACCUUUUCCUUUUCUAUGGUCUUGGAUGUCUGGUUUUCCAGCCACUAGCUUUACAGUAUGGGAAGAGACCAGUUUAUUUAUUUUCCAUGUUGGCUACUUCACUGAUAUGCGUUUGGCCGCCAUACACCAGGUCUAACGGUGAAUGGAUAGCAUCUAAAAUUCUUCAGGGGCUGUUUGGGUCGUGUGUUGAAUCACUACCGGAAAUCUCUAUGAGUGAUCUUUUCUUUGAACAUGAAAGAUCUCUUGGAUUGUCGCUUUAUGCGCUUACACUUAUGGGAGUCUCUUAUUCAGCACCAUUAGUGGCCGGCUUCAUUUCUGCCGGUCAGGGUUGGCAAUGGGUUAUGUGGUGGUGUUCUAUCUUAGCGGCAGUAUGCUUUGUGAUAUUGUUCUUUGCAAUGGAAGAAACCAGUUAUACCCGUAGAGUCCAAGAUGAAGCUAGCUUAGAUCCUGAAAUAGACGGGGAAGAAGUUCAUGAAAGUAAUGUUGAAAAUGGUGAAGUUGAAAAUGAUAAAGCUGAAAAGGCUAAAGAUGAUCUGGUUAAAAUUCGUUCUGAUUAUUCUGCGCAUUCCCUUAGUGAGGGAUCUAUUUCCUGGCCUCAAACCAGUUACAUGCAAAAGAUUUCCCUGACUCGUGGAUUCAAAUCGAAAUUUAUGUUACAUUAUUACAUGUUCAUGCCAUUUCGUAUGGCCCAAUUCCCUGUAAUUCUCUGGGCAGGUUUCUUGUAUGGAUCUUCCUUAGUUUGGUUUAAUGUUUUGAAUGCAACAGAAGCAAUGGUCCUUGCUGGUAAACCCUACAAUUUUUCGAGCAGUAUGUGUGGACUCGCAUAUGUGUCACCACUGGUCUGUACUUUCAUAGUCUUCCCCAUUGCAGGAUUUUGUUCCGAUAAGCUUAAGGUGUAUUUUGCUAGAAAGAGAAACGGUUUUAGUAUUCCAGAGGAUCGCCUUUGGUUGUUAUUCGUUUAUGCAAUACUGGGUUGUGCCGCUAGUCUUUUAUGGGGAAUAGGUGCCUAUUACCAAAUCCAUUGGUUUCCUCUGGUGCUUGCUCUAGGUAUAUUAGGUGGAUGUGGUGUCUUUGGUCCCGUUUCUUCCGCAGCUUAUGUGGUAGACACCUAUAGAGAAUUAGAUGCAGAAGCCAUGGUGGUUGUUAUUUUAAUUCGCAACUUAAUGUCAUUUGCCUGUAGUUAUGGAAUAACUCACUGGGUUGAAAACUUAGGGUAUAAGCGCUGUUUCAUUGGGGUAGCGUUCUGUUGCCUGGCAACUAACUCUAGUUUUCUGGUAAUGAUAUUCACUGGCCCUUGGUGGCGUAAGAAGCAGAGACACGCCUAUUGGUCACUUGUACAACGGUGCAGGUCACUAGGUAUGCAUUAG